AGUCGAUGAUGCGGGAAGCUCCAGAACGCACAGGCCAAUCGGCACGCUUGCCGCGAGUCAGUGAACCAUCAAAAAGUUCCUUCGCCAUGCAGACUCGAUUCAAUGACCCAAAUCAGAACAUGAUCACUCGAUAACAGUCGAACAAUGCCGAGUUGGGCACCAUUGACCGAAGAGCAGUUGCAGCAACGGCGUAUUGUCAACCUCAACCCCGAGACCGUAACGGAUGUCUCCGCCACCGACAUACCUGGCCAUUAUGGACCUGGCCAAGAUGAUAGCUGGGACUUGGAGCGCUUUAAGAAGGGUCUAAAGGUCGACUUCCAUCAGAACGCACCGCACGACGCGGUCUUUUCACUCGUCGGUGUCGACGCGUCAAUAGCGAACGCCUUCCGACGAAUACUGCUUGCAGAGAUACCGACACUUGCCAUCGAAGAUGUCUUCAUCUUCAACAACACAUCUAUCAUCCAAGACGAAGUUCUCGCCCAUAGACUCGGCCUUAUCCCUCUGACUGGCGGCAAGAAAGGACUAGAAUGGCUUCGCUGGUACAAGAAGCCGCCACCCAAAGACGACUUUGCCGCCCAAGCACUCCAUGACGACGACGACGGCGAGCCAGGAGUAAGCACGCCCAAUGAUCACAACACCAUCGUCGUCACACUGAAGGUCGAAUGCCGUUGGGCGACUGAGCAGGAUGAUGGCAGAGACGGACGUCAGCUUGCUCAGGAAGGCGAGACGGAUCCCGAGGUGCGCUACGUUGGCAGCAACGUUUACGCGCAUCAACUUGUCUUCGAGCCACAAGGGGAGCAGACUCAGCAUUUCUCCGGCGAAAACGCCAUCAGGCCGGUGAACCCAGAUAUUCUCAUCGCAAAGCUACGGCCAGGUCAGAAGAUUGAUCUUCGCUGCCACUGCUACAAAGGCAUAGGUAUGGACCAUGCAAAGUUCUCCCCUGUCGCCACCGCAUCCUACCGACUGUUACCGGAUAUCAACAUCAUCAAGCCCAUCCUCGGUGCGGAAGCGAAGAAAUUCCAGCGCUGUUUCCCGCGAGGCGUUAUUGAUCUCAAGCACGACGAUGAGACGGGUGAGAGUAAGGCGGUCGUUGCAGAUCCCAUGAAAGACACCGUGAGCCGGGAGUGCUUGCGGCAUGAUGAGUUCAAGGGAAAGGUCAAGCUCGGUCGAAUCCGGGAUCAUUUCAUCUUCUCCAUCGAGAGCACGGGCCAGUUCGAAAGCGAUGAGCUGUUUUUGGACAGCGUGAGGCUGCUUAAGGCGAAGGCAGAGAGGUUCAAGCGCAAUUUGAAUGCGUUGAAUGAGGGGGCGUGAUUGGUGAUAUGCCAGGCGUAGCUACGAGGUUGAAGGGUUAACGGCUGUUUGCGGAGGCGCCAUAAGAAAUCGGGUUGCGGACUGCUAUCUCGUUCAACACCGCUUUAGUUGGACCAUGCGGACUACUACCUCAUUCAACGCCAUUCCAGUCGAAGAACAAUGCGGGCCAAUAUCUCGACAGAAGCCGGUCCCGUUUUUCAUCAUCUGGGUUGCUCAACUAAUG